UAUGUUUCUAAUCUGAUGCAUCAACUAGCUAGAGAAUAGUCGUUUGCAUUCAUUUGUGCACAAGAUGUCGAAUGAACGUAUUGAACUUGUUAGAAAAGUUGGAUAAAUAUUUCACCCCAGUUAUUGUUUUUUUGCUAUCCGAUGUUAGUAGCUUGGUGGGACAGAUAAUUUCUUUGGGAAGAGUUACGAGAUCCAAUUUUACCUUUUGGAUGGGUGGAACGGUGAUGAGAACGGUCCUUUCGGUGGGAAUCAUUAUUUUUUGCAAUGCCAAACCAAGGAGUCACUUAUCGGUAGUUUUUGAUAAAGAUUGGCAGUUUAUUCUAUUUAUUGUUCUAUACAAUAUAAGUGGCGGUUUAUUGAUAAACGUCGGUUGUCUUAGUGUGCCUGGGCUCUCAGAAGGACAACCAGAAAUCGCUCUGAAAUUAUUGUCUGUUUUCAUUUCGGUUACUGCUGCAGCAUUUUCCGCCAAUGGUGUGUUAAUUGUGAAAUUGUUAUGAAACGUGGUAGGUUUUCGACAAGAAAUGCAGAUGAGAAAUUUGUUACCAUUCACUGACAUGACAUGCAUUCAAUAAAUAUCUAAUAAAAAUAAUUGACUACA